CGCAGCAGGGCGCUGCCGCCGCCGCCGCCCCUCCCGAAACGAACGGCGAAACCCGGUUCCUUCCUCCCGCCCGCCUCCUCAGAGCCCUGCGCCUCAGACGGGCUCGGCCCAUAGGCUGGGCUAAAGCCCGACCCCCCCCGCCCAGCAGCCAAUCCCCGCCGACAACCGGGGCCCGGCCCGGGACUGACAGGGCUGGCGGCAAAUCGGAGGGGCCGGGUAGGAACGGAACGCGGUUCCCGGUUGGGAACCGAAGUUGGGGGCUAAAGGCCCCGGGGCUGUGGGGGUGGAGUGCGGGGGCCGCUCCCUGAGGGAGCAGUGUCACCUUGGAGGAAUAUAACCUUGCUGCCCCACUGACUGGCUGGAAAUAUUGGCUUAUCUACACUUCUGCCUACGGUGCCUACCCUAUCUCAGUGUAGCCACGCGGGGGAAGAAAAGCAGAAGACAGGCUACAGAGAAUUUUUUGUGCUUCACUGAACUAGUUGUUGCUUGUCCAAGAAAACAGGAUGUAUGGGAAGAAGUGGUACCAAGUUACAGAUAAGGUGGUUCCAGCAGGGUCCAAAUCUCUUCUUUAAAGAGAAGUUCCAGCAUCAGAGAGGCUGAAAAGCAAACACUCCAAUCAACCAAAAUGGAAGGAGGCAACAGUCCAAAUCUACAACUUCAGCAACUCCCGUUGGCCACAGCAGCGGUUUCUGUGCAGCCACACACUGACUUCUUUUCUUACAAGGAGAACUUGAUUGGUGCAUUACUAGCUAUUUUUGGGCAUCUUGUUAUCAGUAUUGCACUCAACCUCCAGAAAUACAGCCACAUCCGGCUGGCAGGCUCCAAAGACCCCCGAGCCUACUUCAAAACCAAGACAUGGUGGUGUGGACUGUUUCUGCUGGUGCUGGGAGAACUGGGAGUGUUUUCCUCUUAUGCGUUUGCUCCUCUUUCACUGAUUGUGCCACUCAGUGCAGUGUCUGUUAUAGCUAGUGCAAUCAUAGGAAUUAUAUUUAUUAAAGAAAAAUGGAAGCCCAAGGAUUUUUUGAGGCGCUAUGUUUUGUCCUUUGUAGGCUGUGGUUUGGCAAUUGUUGGAACUUAUCUGCUGAUAACAUUUGGACCUAAUAGUCAUGAGAAGAUGACAGGAGAAAAUAUCACUAGGCAUUUAGUGAGCUGGCCAUUUCUGUUAUAUAUGCUUGUGGAGAUUGUUAUGUUCUGCCUGCUACUCUAUUUUUACAAGGAGAAAAAUGCAAACUACAUUGUAGUUAUUCUUCUGCUAGUAGCCUUGCUGGGUUCCAUGACUGUUGUGACCGUGAAGGCUGUGGCAGGCAUGAUUGUUGUCUCGAUACAAGGAAACUUACAACUCGACUACCCUAUAUUUUAUAUCAUGCUGGUGUGCAUGAUUGCUACAGCGAUCUUUCAAGCAACAUUUUUAGGUCAAGCCUCACAACUGUAUGACUCAUCUCAGAUUGCCAGCAUCGGCUAUAUCCUGUCCACAACAGUAGCAAUCACAGCAGGAGCAACUUUUUACUUGGACUUCACCGGCGAAGAUGUUCUCCAUAUAUGUAUGUUUGCGCUUGGGUGCCUCAUAGCAUUUCUAGGUGUCUUCCUGAUCACGAGAAAUAGGAAGAAAUCUGUACCAUUUGAACCUUACAUAUCAAUGGAUGCUAUGCCAGGCAUGCAGAACAUGCACGAUAAAGGGAUUGCAGUUCAGCCUGACCUCAAAGCUUCUUUUUCCUACGGUGCCCUAGAGAACAAUGACAACAUGCCGGAAAUUUACACUCCAGCUACGUUGCCGAUCGUGCAGGAGCAACAUGGUUCCAAAGGAGUUUCUGCUCCACCCUACCGGGUGCUGGAGCACAGCAAAAAGGAUAUACUGCCUGGAUUCUCCGCAGGCCUACAGCCGGAGCACUGACUGACUCCUGGCCUGACCUUCCUCUCUGCCAGAGAGCCCUCAGUUGUCAGCAUGUGGCUGUCUUCUGCUCUGAGUGAAGUUUCCUCCAGCCAUAACCUGAGCUUUUCUAUUAUUGUGCUGUUUUGGCCCUUUUCUUUCAAAGACUCUAAAGGCAAGAGCCUUGCUCCAAAGCUUGAUAUAACCAUGUUUUAUUUACACAGUCUGUGUGUGUUUAAAUAAUUCUACUUAAUAAUGACAGUUCCCUCUACCUGCAGUGAGACUUGCUUUUGGAAACUUCCUGACAAAGGACUCCAAGGGAGGUGAUGUCUGUUUCUACAGCACAUAAAUCACAAUAUUUUUGAUUACUCCAUUGUGCCACAUCAGUAGAGCCUGAGGUGUUCCUUGGCCUAUAGGCCUCAACUCAAUGCACUGAUGUUGUAGGGGUUGCAUUUUUGCCAGUCUGUGUUAGCCACUGAAAGCACAGUAGUAGCACUGCCAGACUGCACCUCGCUCCUGCUCGCUGCCUAUGUUCAAUACUUGAAUUAUAAAAUGUGGAGGGUUUUUGUGUUUUACAUGCUUCCCCCUUUCUUGUUCUUUUUCCCAAGCUUCCAAAAGAUUUUCUUUUCUGCUCUUCAGCACAGUCUUACAGCUGCCAUCUCUGGUGCUGAGAAGGCAUGAACAGGGCCCUAGAAGCCAAACAUCUGUUUAAUAAACUUGACUGUAGGACUUCUGCACUCUUUCUAACAGUGGGAGGGUAUAGCUCAGGAUUGAAAUAAACUCCUUACCUCCCUUCUAGUUCAGAGCUUACAAGCUG